AUGUCGUUGGUUCAAGGGUAUUCAUCAAGUUCUGAUAGCGAUAAAGAAUUGCAUAACAUACCGGUUUUGCCUAAAGAUUCGAAGUAUAAUAUAGUGACAGUACCGAAUGUUGAUAUUUCAACCCACGAAUUAGUACCGAUUGAUAAUGUCCAAAUAACAAGUACUAAAGAAACACGAAAUUUUGGUGGUGGUAUAGAAAGGAAUUAUUACGAUGAUGCUACUUGGAAACUUCAAUCGAUGAAGAGCAAAAGAAAGCUGGAGAACUCUUCAAAACAAGAGUCCAAGAAAUUGAGGAAAAAGAGACGUAAGCAAGGAGAUCCAGAAGACAUUGAUUAUUUAGGUCCAUGGGCCGAUUACAAGGCUAGCUCCGAGUCUGAUGCUUCCAUUUCUGGUGGUGAUAAAUCUGAUACGGAUGAAGAUGCAAAUGAUAGGGAUGAAGAGGUGGAUCAGGAUGCAAAUAACGAAGAAGCUGAGCCUGAAGUUUUUACGGAAUUUUUUGGUCUGAAGGGAAAAGAUUAUUUAGGCAGGACAUACAUGCAUGUCCCACGAGACCUUAAUGUUAGUCUAACUAACGAGCCUGGGUCGCAGGAAUGUUUUGUUCCCAAAAAGAUUAUUCAUACAUUUGAAGGACAUGCAAAAGGUGUUAAUAAAUUGGAAUUUUUUCCAAAAUCUGGUCAUUUAUUAUUGUCUUGCGGUAAUGAUGGUAAGAUUAUGCUAUGGGACGUUUAUCACAAGAGGGAGUUGUUAAGAGCAUAUUAUGGACAUAGACUUGCUGUCAAAGAUGUAACCUUUAAUAGUACGGGAAAAAAGUUUUUGAGUUGUUCAUUUGAUAAAAAAAUUAUCCUUUGGAAUACAGAGACUGGAGAUAUAGAAAGGACUAUUAAAUUGAAAGCAAUUCCAAACGUCAUCAAAUUCAACCCUAAUAAUGAAAACGAAUUUAUUGUUGGGCUAACUAAUCAUAAAAUUGAGCAUUACGAUUUAAGCGUAUCAAAUUUUGAAGUACCCAUACAGACAUAUGACCAUCACCUUGGGGCUAUCAAUUCUUUAACCACUAUUGACAAUAAUAAUAGGUUUAUGUCUACGUCUGAUGAUAAGACAGUGAGAUUCUGGGAUUGGCAAAUUAAUAUUCCAAUUAAAUUCAUAUCUGAUCCAUCACAACAUUCAAUGCCAUCAGCUGCGAUAUAUCCCGGAGGAAAAUAUAUUGCACUUCAAAGUAUGGACAACUCCAUACAGGUGAUCCAAGGACAUGGUAAAUUUAAAUUCAACAAAAAUAAAUGGUUUGAUGGUCAUAACGUAGCAGGCUAUGGUAUUGAUGUUGAAAUUUCGCCUGAUGGUAAGAUUAUUAUGAGUGGUGAUUCAAAAGGGUUCGGAUAUUUCUGGGAUUGGAAAACUUGUAAAUUAGUGAAUAAGCUUAAGGUAAGUGAUAAACCCAUUACGUGCAUAAAAUCCCAUCCGCAAGAAGCUAGUAAGGUUGUAAUGGCUGGGAUGAACGGGCAUAUAUAUUAUUGUGAUUAA